AAGAGCUAGUGGAUUCUACAGGCAGCAUAGACGUAACUGGGAGGCAGAGAGCUGAUUUUUCUCUAUAUAUGAGCAGUAGGGGAAGGAAUCCUAUCCCAGUAAAAUCCAGUACUCUGGGACAAACUCUAAUCAGAUCAGACACUGGGGAUUUCACCUUUAAAUCAACCCAUACAUUUUAAGAACCAUUCCAGGCAGAAUAAUCGUUUAAUUAAACUAUAUUUUAGAUCUAAUUUAUCUGACAAAAAAAAUGGGAAAGGAUUAUUAUUCAGUUUUAGGGAUUGAAAAAGGAGCUUCGGAAGAUGACAUCAAGAAAGCUUAUAGAAAACAGGCUCUUAAAUGGCAUCCAGACAAGAACAAAUCUGCUCAUGCAGAGGAGAAGUUUAAAGAGAUCGCUGAAGCCUAUGAGGUGCUAAGUGACCCUAAGAAGAGAGAGGUGUACGAUCAAUUUGGAGAGGAGGGACUUAAAGGAGGGUCUGGUGCACCAGAUGGACAUGGUGGAAACUUUCACUACACUUUCCAUGGUGAUCCGCAUGCAACAUUUGCUGCAUUUUUUGGUGGAGCAAAUCCAUUUGAAAUUUUCUUUGGAAGAAGGAUGCCAGGAGGCCGGGAUGAUGAAGACAUGGAGCUAGAUGGGGACCCAUUUAGUUCGUUUACUAGUUUUAACAUGAAUGGAUUUCCAAGAGAAAAGAAUCAGGUUGGUAACCAGUUCCGCCGCAAGCAGGACCCCCCCAUAAUUCAUGACCUGAGAGUGUCCUUGGAAGAGAUCUACACUGGUUGCACCAAAAGAAUGAGGAUAUCCAGGAAACGUCUGAAUCCUGAUGGGAGAUCUGUUCGGACUGAAGACAAAAUUCUUACCAUAGAGAUAAAGAAAGGUUGGAAAGAGGGAACCAAAAUCACAUUUCCCAGAGAGGGGGAUGAAGCACCCAUGACCAUUCCUGCUGAUAUUGUUUUUGUUGUUAAAGACAAACCUCAUACACACUUUAAACGGGAUGGGUCAAAUAUUGUGUGUCCUGUACGAGUCAGCUUACGAGAGGCUCUCUGUGGAUGUUCAAUCAACGUUCCAACAUUAGAUGGAAGAAGCAUACCAAUGACAAUAAAUGACAUUAUUAAACCUGGUAUGAGACGGAGGAUUAUCGGAUAUGGACUCCCUUUUCCAAAAAACCCAGAACAAAAUGGAGAUCUGCUUGUGGAAUUCGAAGUUAUUUUUCCAGACAGCAUUCCUCAGUCAUCAAAGGAAAUUCUAAGACGACAUCUGCCUGUUUCCUAAAUUUUCACUUACAGUUGAAGGAUGCCUUGCUUAUGCAAAGUAUUACUGUAUGAUGAUAGACUUUUUGUGCAUUUAUAUAUUUUGUGCCACAGGAUCUUCAUUAAAUGUUUUUUAAUGCAUUGUGAUAUGAACAGGUCUUUUAUCAGAAUGUAAUACUUCCUUUAAUGAGCAUUAGGAGGUUUGCUAUUAGCUCAUUUUUGGUGGGGAUAAACAGUAUUGUAAAACAUAUGACUUGAUAUAUCACUCUAGGGUUGUAUGCUUCUCUGUACUGACAAUAUUGCAGUUUACACUCUAUUUUUAUAACUCAUAAAUGGUUUAUUUAAUAUAGCUUUUAUACUGUAGUUCUACCUACAGAUAUAUGAAUUAAUGCCAAUGAUCAUAUUAUUAGAAUAACUGUUUUUAGCACAGUGUUUCUGUCUGCUAAUUUAUAUGUAACCGACAGGAGGUUGCUCCAAAGAAAGUAUGGCUAGGCAUAGUUAUUACUCUAAACUCAAGUCUCAGGCAACCGCAUUACUGAUCCCAGUAUUUACUGUAUUUUUUAAAAUCAACACUCCAAUGAGUUCUUUUAACGAACAACAUGAAAUUCAUCUAGGCCUUGAUAAACAGUAUCUACUAGAAUUAAGUCUAAAGCUACUGGACUGGUGCAUUUAAUGUGCAAACAUUAUUGCGAUAUUGUUAUCUGUAGUGCAACUGUCCUUAAGGGCUCUGGCACACAGGAAGAUCGAUUUCACUGAAAUUUCAGUGAAAUCGAGGUUUACAUUUUCACCGGUGGGAUGGCAAUCAGGGGAGAUUAGUCGCCCGCGGACAGGGAGUUUUGUCGCGGGCGACUAAACUCCCCGUGUCCCAGAGCCCUAAAACUUUUUAAAUAUGGCAUAUUCGCAAAUUGCGAAUGUUUAUGGGCAAACUCUGUGUCCGGGUUACGCCACAACUUUAGUGGCAGAAAAAAUAUUCAUUUGCGAAUUCACAUUUGAGAAAAAGAAAAGCGUUUAGGGAAAACAUGCCCAAACAACAAUUUGAGAAAAAAAUAUGCGCUGUGCAAACUUUAUAAAUGAUCCCCAGAAGGUCCAGUUGCUUUAGACUUCAUUCUAAUGAAUACUUUAAAGGACAACAAUUUCACAGUGGAUCUGGCAUCACUGUACUUAUUGAAAUUACAGAAUACACUUCCUGAUAUCCAUGUAAAACAUUUUUAAUUAUGUUUACAUGGGUUUCUGAUUUUCGAGGAUAACAGGUCAAUGUUUAUUGCAGGGCCUAACCUGACUGUAGUUAGGGAAUGGUGAACUUAGUACAGAUGCAGUUUAAAAUAGCACACAGAUAGUCACAGUCACCUCUCGUGGCAUUUUGAAAUAUGAGACAUCGAAUGCCAUGCUUCAUAAUCUCUGCAAUGUGGCAGUAUAUAAACAUUUGCUCACUGGCAGGCAAAAUUCAAAUUUUGUAAGAAUACUAAUUUUAAAAGCAAAAGUAUAUUAUAAAAUGGAUUUACAGACUAUAAUAACAAUUGUGUUUUGAAUUGCUUAGCUUGAGUGGAAUUGCAAAAAAAAGAAUUUGUGUUUUAAAAUGCACUAUAUUUUUAUUGAGGCAAUGCUAUAUUAGACAUAUGUUUGGUUAUUAACAUCUUUUACAUCUUAGGGACCCUUUUGUUUGUUUUAUUUUUAACAGUGCUGCCUGGCACUAUAUGGGGUCUCUGCACUAAUGUGUAGUGUAUGUGGAACACCUGUGAGUACAAGGGGUAUAAAAUGUUAUAAAAGUACAUAACCAUUGUGAUCCCAUGUCACUUCUACCUAGGACUACAUGGUUGAUUUACAUAGGUCAAUCCUAGCCAGCUCUAAAACGACAUGGCAAAACAGGUAUAAGCAGUUUAACCUGCCCAUACAUUAUAAAAUCCCCUCAUUUGGUGAUUUCACCAAAUGUCCACCUACAGGCAAAUGAUUGGAUCACAACAACAGGGAUACAGAUUGACAUCUGACUUAUUUUUCAGCUAGAUAUCAGUCAGCUAGGCCCGUUAAAGGGCCCCAUAAACAGGCAGAUAAGCUGCUGAAUUGGUCCCGUCAGCUUAAAUCUGCCUGUGUAUAGCCUUUACACUUCUGUCUGACAAAGCCUAAACCUUAGUUCGUAUUUGAUAUUCUUGGGAGUGUUCAUCUCACUUCAGUUGAAAUGCUACUAUGCAUGACAUUCUAUGAAAUGCUACUAUGAAUGACAUUCUAUAGCCUCAGACUGCUUGCCAUUGCUCUAUAACUGUAUUGCUACUUUACACAGCAUGCCAAAUUCUUGGAAUCAUAAUGACACAUCAUGUAGAGUGACAACAUAGUAAUGGCCAUAGAGCUUUUCUAGUUUUAUUAAAAAAUGGAGCAACAAACAAUAAAGAGAAUCUAAAAACUAUCUGUACUUUUGCUAAAAUAAAGUACAUUAAAAAGUAGUGAACUCAUGUAAAAGAAAAAAAUGAAUGUAUAUAAAGCAACAAUAAUGUGGUUAAACAAUAUUCACUAUGAAGCAAAACAAAACUGUGAAAUCAUUAGGACAUUUUGAGGCUCCCAACGGUUUUUAAAGUAUGGUUGAUGCCUUAACAUGACAUAUCUGCACAUGUUGCCCAUAUUGUGAUAAAUAAUAGUGCCUUAUUUAUAUAGUGCAUGUACUAUGCAGUGCAUUUAUUUUGCACACAGAAGUAAGCUAAGCAAUGUUGCAGUUGCUUAUUUCAAUUUUUGCUGGUUUCAAAUUAUUCACCUUAUAAAUUUGCCUCACCCCAAAAUCAAACUUGAAAUCUUGCUGUUGGUUUUAGUUUCCCUGUUCUGCAGAAAGCAGGUAAACGUAUAAUACAAAAACUAUAAGCAAAAAAAUUAUAUUAACUGCAGGUGUUGUUAGAGAGUCUACAUUAUUCUAAAAACUUAAAAAUAACUUUUUCAUAGGAUAAAGGCAGGAGUACUAUAAAAAAAAAAUGUUGAAUUUAGUUUUUUUUAGUAAUUUUUUUUAUAGUAUCUAUUUGUUCUAAAAGAUCUCACGAUUUUAGUUAUUUUGUUGUUCAAGUCCCACUUAUCCUGCAACCAAGCAGUUCUAAUGUUACAUGGGCAAUAUGAAACAACAGUCAAAAUACCCCUCUCUGCCUGUCACUAAUUCUCUUUGUAAUGUAUGUGAAAUGUGGUGCCUGAAGUACCACAUAACCUUCCUAGCCUUGCACUGUAUGCAAGUGCAGUCCAGACUCAAGGGUUGCCCCCAGACAUAAGUGUAAGAGCAUGGACACUCAUUCAGGAAGCACUUCUGUCUGGGCAAUAGCUGCACAAUAAAAAAUCCAGUGGGAUGUGCACAGAGCAACAUCAAAAGUCACAGUGUUACCACUACCCACAAUAACUGGUUUGCAGUAAAUCUGCUGAAGCUUUUUUCUUACUUUUUGGAUCAUCAAAAGUCACAGACCAGCCCUGCACUUACCAAUCCCCCACUGCAGUCUGUGUCUGCUGCCGCUCCUUAACUUGCACGCCUGUAUGAAUAUAGUGCCAACAAACGCAGUAAGCAUUAGAUUUUUUGGAGGCAGCCACAGGUCUUUGUGCUGUGACACUGAACAUUUUUCAAACUGCCUACUGACCCCUACAGUUCUGAAAUUUCAGCCUGUGGUAUUUACAGAAUUUCCUGCAGGUUACUGUAGGAAAUUUAUGAAACCAUGUCUCAUCAGGCCAAUUGCUAACAAAAUAAAUUAUUAGGUGUAGACUUACCCAGAGUGGCCCUCUGUGCACUUUUUGCAAUUGACAUUACUUUUCUACUUUAAAUGUUUUUUGAGAUAUUAGGGACCCUAAUUGUCUAUGUACUUUCUAUGCAAUUGCUCUAUCCAGUUAACCCUUUUCCUUUAAGUUGAGCCAAAAUCCUGGUUAUUAGCAGUCUAAAAAUUUAAAUAUUUCAGAAACAACUAAAAAUUUAAACUGAAUGUAAAUUGCAAAAGUGUUGCAGAAGCACCUUGAGUAAGUUUACAACAGUUCAUGUUUUUAAGUUUAGAUCCCCUUUAAUAAAGAUCUAAGGGUUAAUAUCACUGGGUGUGGGGUGCCAAAAUGUUUGGCAAUUCCCAGUGAUUAUAAUCACUUAAUAGCCCAUGCCAGUGUUUUUCGUUCCUUUCUUCUUCUUUUUGUUUUGGUCAGUGCAGGUGCAUGCACAGUACAGUGAAAUCUGAAAUUAACACGCAAAAAAGCUUUUUUUAUACUAUUGUGCAUGAGCCUUUCCCUGCCUGGAGAAAAAAGGACAGAAGAGGAAGGAAAAUCACGCUGACAAACUUCUACAGAAAUACCACGGGCCUGAGAAGUUUUCUGCAAACAGGAACACUGGCCUAGGCUAUAAAGUACUGGGUGGGUACCUAACAUUUGGCAUCCCCCAGUGUUUUUUUAAGUUUAGAUCUCCUUUACAGGAAUGCUGUGCUGUAGUUGCCUUACACGCUGUGUUUUCUUCACAUUUUGACAUAUAUUAAAAAAAGGUACAGCCUUAUCUUUUAAUUGUGAGGUCUUAGAAUAAAACAAAAAUAGGCAAAAUCUGUGUUACAAAUCAACAGAGCUCUGCUUGGGUAUAAAAAAAUGUUCAUAUCUUUAUUGGGCUUGAAAAAUAAUUAUAAAGAAACAUUACCAGAGAGCUAGUCUAUGGCAAACUGUAUAAAAAAAACACGCAGAACUGAGCAAUUGCCUAGGUGUAUUUCUAAAUAAAAUGUUUUGUAUCCAAGCUAAGUAGUCAUGGCUUUGCUUAUAACAAACAAGUAUCAUCAUUUGUAUAAACAGUGGAAAGAGAAAAGCCUAUUAAUGCAAAAACCAGCAAAAGUAUUUGAAAGAGAAUACAGAUAUGGGAUCUGUUAUCUAGAAAGUUCUGAAUUAUGGAAAGGGCAUCUCCCAUAGACUCCAAUAUAAGCAAAUAAUUCUAAUUUUUAAAAAUUAAUUCCUUUUUCUCUGUAAUAGUUAAACAGUACCUUGUACUCGAUCCCAACUAAGAUAUAAUUAACCCUUAAUGGAGGAAAAACAAUCUUAUUUGGUUUAUUCAGUAUUGAAAUGAUUUUGUAGCAGACUUAAGUUGAGAUCCAAAUUAUGGAAAGAUCUCUUAUUCAGAAAACCCCAGGUCCCGAGCAUUCUGGAUAACAGGUCCCAUACUUGUAGUUUAUCGACAAACAAGAUUGCUUGAGCUGUCACCUUAAAUAUGCGCAAGCAUCAGUGCCAAAUAUUUGUUUUCUUUCAUGGGAACAUUGUGUUGCAAAUGAGAUCCACUUUAGUCCUAAGUGUGUUCCACUGAUUUGCAGUGUUCAUUUACAGUCAUUAAAAAUUUUGAUUGUUUUGUAAUUACUCUAGUUUUAUAAAUAAUGAGACUUAAACGGUAUCUCAGAUUUAUAGUCUAGUGUGUGACAUAUUAAAAAAUAUUUUCCAAAUUGGUUUAUACUAAUCAAUAAAUAUUCUCAUUUCCCA